GUUCAGGGUCAACCACAAAUGACUUAUACGACAAAUAUUGGUUGGGUCUUCUGAUAAAAAUGAGAUAUAUCAUUUAUAUAUCUUAAGAGGAGUUUAUUACCACUAUUUGUUGUCCGUGCGUUGUCCCUAUAUGUUUUAAAAUGCAAAAAAUUGCUUUUUUUAUUUUUAUGGGUUUUAUGCAUCAUGCUUACAUAAUGGCGCCAUGGUACUCUAAAGAUACGGUUGAAUGUAUAACGCCAAAGAUUAAGACUGUAAUAAAAGAGCAAAUAGAAUGUGGCCAAAACUACACUCCACCAUUUGAUACGAUGAAGAUUACACAUAGAAAAAACCAAAUAAGACCCUUCUAUUUUGUUACCGAUCGUUGUUCUUUUAGACCUGGAAUAGAUGUCUGCCUUGAAAGGUCAAUGAAUCUUGUUUCAGAUUGUUUCAAUUCCAGCAAUUUGGAGGGAUUGGCAACUUGGAAAAAGAUAGAUAACGAAGUAACCGAGUAUGUCUGUAAAAAUAAUUCAGAAGUAGGAUAUGACCUCUUUGAAAAUUCAACUGCUAAGUGCUAUAUAGAACAAAUAACGUACGCAUUGGAUCGUUGUGUGCCUCUUCUAAAGCUAAAUACUACUAUAUACGAUAUACAGGGCCUUACUCAAAGUUGCAAGAAUUCUGAAGAGUUUUCCACCUGUUUCAUAAAGGACUUGAGAAAAUCAUGUUCUGAAAAAGUAAUUGAAAUGGCAUCCACCUUAAUCAAGAUCGUGGAGUCACAUUUAUGUCCUAAGAAAGAUGACAAAUUGGUUUAAAGGAGCGGGUUACGAAUUUGGGUUUUAUUAGAUAAUGUAGUAGAAUUGUUGCGAAAACUUGAAUAAAAUAUAUCGAUAUUUAA